GACCACGGACCCCCAAUUGGAGACAUCGACAGCGAUGGAGCUUCUUCUUCUUCUGUGUCUCUGCCUCCUGACUCGCUCUGGAGUCACGUCUGCUCAACUAAACGGGCCACCAUUGAUCGUGGUAGAAGGCAGUGAUGUAAUGUUACCCUGCACUCUCAGCACCAAGGAGAACAUUGAGUCUAAACUGUUUGACUGGAGGAAAGCUGCUCAGAAAGAUGAAGGUCUGAAGGAGGUGUUCCUGUAUGAUGGAGGCAUUCAUUUCAACAACGGUCUAGAUGGUCAGAGUGAAGAGUUCAAAGGUCGAGUCUCUCACUUUCAAGAUGAACUGAAACACGGCAACUCCUCCAUAAUCAUCAGAAAUACAACGAUAUCUGACAGUGGAGUCUACAUUUGUUAUUUCCCACAUCUUCAGCCACCUCAAAUAUUCUACAUUGAUCUUGUUGUUGGUGACGGAGCAGAGCCAACCUCAGGGCCCUCUGUGUUCCCGGGUCCCCCAGGACUCUCUGUGCCCCUGGACAUUGCUUCCCCCGGACUCUCCUUCGCCGCCGGCCUCCAGAGGGAUAUCGCCUUCGCCGCCGGCCGCCAGAGGGGUAUCUCCUUCACCGACGGCCUCCAGAGGGGACUCUCCUUCGCCGCCGGCCUCCAGAGGGGACUCUCCUUCGCCGCCGGCCUCCAGAGGGCUAUCGCCUUUGCCGCCGGCCGCCAGAGGGGUAUCUCCUUCGCCGACGGCCUCCAGAGGGGACUCUCCUUCGCCGCCGGCCUCCUGAGGGAUAUCGCCUUCGCCGACGGCCUCCUGAGGGAUAUCGCCUUCACCGACGGCCUCCAGAGGGGACUCUCCUUCACCGUCGGCCUCCUGAGGGAUAUCGCCUUCGCCGACGGCCUCCUGAGGGAUAUCGCCUUCGCCGACGGCCGCCAGAGGGGUAUCGCCUUCACCGCCGGCCGCCAGAGGGGUAUAGCAUUCGACGGCGGCCGCCUGAGAGACUUCCCCGUCCUGUUCGUCCUCCUGAGGGGAUUCGCCGUUGCAGACGGCCUCCUACGAACCCUCACCGUUCUGUUCGGCCGUCUGAGGGGUUCUGCCUUCGUCGCCGGCCGCCUGAAGCAUCCUGCCUUCGUCGCCGGUCGCCUGUGGGAUUCUGCCUUCUCUGUGUUUCCCCGUGCCCCCGGGACUCUCUGUUCCCUGUGCUCCUGGACUCCCUGUUCUCCGUGCCCCAGGACUCUCUUUUCCCUCUGGCCUCUCUCUGUUUCCCUUGCCCCGAGUGUCUCCAGUGCCUUCCUCGCCCCUCCGGGGUUGAUUUGGUUUGACUUUUUGGGUCGUCCCUCCUCCGGGCCCCCUCCUCCCUCCCUGGUUUGUCUUUUGCUCCUUUCUUGUUUUGUUUUUUUUGGACAUCUGGGAUCUGUCCCUUGGGGGGGGGAAGACAGCCAAUUGGGGACAGUUGCAGAAGUCCACAGGAAACAGAGGCAAGAGUUUGGCACCGACCCAGAGGAGGACCCUCUGUAA